UUCCACAGUGGUCACCACAAAACGCUUGGCAACACACUAUUGUGUCUGCUGCACCCCACGCCAGGAUCAACGCUUGCGUAUGAGAGGUGCUUUGCUGCUGCUCGCCGGGGAUUUUAGGGUGUUUUUGCGCAGCAAGUGUGCUUUUCCCGACGCCAGUGACCGGGCAGGUGAUGCUUGCUCACGUAAGGCGCACGCGUGUGGUGAGGGGCGCAGGGGACGCGGCUGGAGGGUGCGCGCUACUGUUGCACCGCCUCACCGGAUAACCGCUAUCUCAUCCUGUCUGGUCUUCCCCCGUUUCCUCUCCUCUGACUAACGGAUUUACCGGACAGAGACUUUUUCUUUUGUUUUUUUUUACACCACAAGUGGAUCAAGGGCCUGAGCUUGGCGUGGAGUGUUUAUCUUUUACGGUGAUUCUCUUGUGCGCAAGCUUUUUUUUGCCACCCGGGGAGGCAAUGCGCCCACCCAUGCGAUGCUAGCCUAUUAGCUGAAGGUAGAGAAAGAGAGAACAAUUUACGAGUCUUGUUUCGCCUUUCAGGAAAGACGAGAAGAAGAGGGGGAGGGUGGUUGCUGAAGGAGAAUGCAGCAGUCACAAUUUUAAGCAUGCAGAAGAAGCGGGCCGUUUCCGGUUCCUAGGCUGCUGUGUGUGUGCGUAAGUGUGUUACUGUGUGUGCCCCCCAUCCGAGGCCAGCAGCCGUAUGGGGAAAGCAUCGGCACACACAGAUGGCAUGGACACUUCUACAAGGUCUGCCGCUCUGCCCUGCCUCCUCUACCGGAGCCCGUUCGCCGCCGUCUCUCUCUUGCAGCUCCCUCCGCCGCCCAGCAGCACUGCAGCACAGCACAGGCUGACGGUAUGAGGCUUGAUCCAGUGCAUUUCUCCAUGCUGGUCAUCGGGGUCUCGUUCGCCUGUUACGCCCCGAGUCUCAACUCCCUUCAGGACCAGGCGUACCGAUCAGCUGUGGUCAUUGAGGGCGAGGUGCGCUCCUCCCCGGAGAACGUCUCCUCCCGGGAGCCAUACAGUGUGAAUGUCAAAGUGCUGGACGUGUGGCCCGUCAACAGCGGCGGCCUCGAAAGGGAGCAGCUCGUCACCGUCGGGGACUUCGGUUCCGAGGCCCCAUGCACCACGGUGGAGAAGGACCACAGAUAUAUCUUUUUCAUGGACCCUACCGGGGAACCCUACGUGUUCAAGGCUUCGUACGCCCCCGUGGACGCCAGCGAGCCGGAGCUCAAGAAGGACGUGGAGAGAGUGUUGUGCGAGGACUGCGCCUCUGCUCCUAAGCUGCGACUGAUGCGAGGUCAGUCUCUGGUGGAAGGAGACAAACUGUACUUGAAGUGUGAGGCGUCAGGGAAUCCAAGCCCCUCCUUCCGCUGGUACAAGGAUGGACACGAGCUUCAGGGGGGAAAAGACCUCAGAAUAAAAACCAACAAAAAAAACUCCAAGGUGCUGAUCAGUCGAGUACGUGUGGAAGACUCUGGAAACUACACCUGUGUGGCUGAAAACUCAGUUGGACAAGAAAACGUCACAAGUAUUAUCAGCGUGCAGAUCUUCACCACCACCACAUUGUCUCUGGGUGUCAGUCAUGUGAGGCACUGCAAUGACACGGAAAAGUCCUACUGCAUCAACGGUGGAGACUGUUACUUCAUACAUGGUAUAAACCAGCUUUCUUGCAAGUGUCCCAAUGACUAUACGGGGGACCGCUGUGAAAACUCCGUCAUGGCCGGUUUCUACAAGCUGAGGUUGUGUGACUUGUCUGUCUGUUACUGGACGGCACACAUGUCAAUCACCAUGACUGACAGAUUCCACAGCACUAAUGAACUUCCUGGUUCAGCGUACACAGGGAAGGAACAUAAUAUACAGCAGAUCCUCUUCAAAGUGGACAUUACAGCUGACCCUGUUUGUCUCUUUCCUUUUUUUGACCAACUUUCUGUGCUGGCAGAGCUUCUCAGAAUUGAAUUUAUGGAGGCAGAGGAGCUCUACCAAAGGCGGGUGCUGACGAUCACGGGCAUCUGUGUGGCCUUGUUGGUGGUUGGCAUUGUUUGUGUGGUGGCCUACUGCAAAACCAAGAAGCACAGGAAGAAGAUGCAACAUCACCUACAUCAGAACCAGAAUCAGUGUGUGGAGCAGCCCAACCGCAUGCUGGCCAAUGGGCCUAACCACCCCGGGCCUGGUCCCGAGGAAAUUCCCAUGGUUGAUGUGAGUCCAAACUGUAGAAAUACACAGCAGAGACAGGUACAGUAUAUCUCCAAGAGUGUCCCUACCACCGAGUGUGUCAUCAGCCAUGGAGCUGAGGGUGCCGGCAACUACGCAGGCAGCCGAAUGUCUACCCGCUCACAUCACUCAACCACUGCCUCUCAUGCAUCCAGACAUGAGGAGCAGACAUGGAGCAUGGAGAGAACAGACAGUAUGAAUUCCGACUGCCAGUCAGGUGGGCUGUCCAGCUCUGUUGGAACCAGUAAAUGCAGCAGUCCAGCUUGUAUGGCAAGGAGGGCGGCCCACUGGGGCUGUACGGAGAUAUCCAGUCCAGGAAUGCAGUACGGGGAUUCCUACGACUCGCUAAGAGAUUCACCGCACAGCGACAGGUAUGUUUCAGCACUGACCACACCAGCGCGCUUGUCUCCGGUGGAGUUCCACUACCCGCCGCUGCCACCCCAGGUUCCCACCUUCCAUAUCACCUCGCCCAACACAAGCCACGCCCUCUCCCUACCGCCCGCCGCUGCAGCCUACCAUAGAGAUGACGACCAGCCGCUGCUCCGCUGCCCUGACGAUCGCAGUUUGUACAGGCAGCCUCGGCGACCACGGCGGCCAUACCUGACAGAGAGCACAGGAAGUCUCCCAUCAAGCCCCUACCGCCUCCCUGACGAAGAGGCCUACGAGACUACCCAGGAGUAUGCCUCCUCAAGGGAACCCAUCCGGAGUCGACGCCGCCCGCGGCGCAACCGCCUCAACGGACACGUCUCUCAGAGGUCGGCGGGCCUACGGGACUAUACGUCACAGAGUUUCAGCCAAUCAGAGGAGGAAGAGGAAGAGGAGGAGGAAGAUGACGGUCAAGGGGAGCGCACGCCUUUCCUCAGUAUGCAGAACAUGAACAUGGACCUGCCCGUAAGCGUGCCAGGUUACCAUUCAUCGUCAGGGGCUGACACACGGACUCAUCGCGGACUCAGUCGGCCGGGGACUCGAAGUAACGGGCAGAGUCGAAGCUCUCAGUCGCAGCGUUUCAAGUCAGACAACAUGCCCCUUUAAAACCGGCCUCCCCUUGUCCCCCUCCCCGACACUCACCCAAGCAGCCCUCCCCAACUCCCUUCCCACACACACUAUUCCACCUCGCACACGCCUCUUUCUUCUUCUGGACUAGAGACCUGCACCAAGGAGAAAUAUUUUUAUUUUGUAUAACAGACAGAUAUUCUAAACAAAUGAAAUAUUUAUUUUCAUUUCAGCAAAAAUUGUCUACUAGCUAACAGCAAAGACUUUUUUUAUAAGAGGGGGGGAAAUAUUUAUAUGUAAAGGUUUUUUGAUUUACAGCAGUAUGAGAGAUGAAAAAAAUAUGUGCCAAUUUUUUCACAAGUUAGAUAAAUAGAAUAAUAUUGUGGUGCCUUUUGCUGUAUGCUGAAGUUGGAGGUCCCAUUGAGUUUUGUAGCCUUUCUUAUGAAGACUUCUCAUUUUUAUAGAGACCGAUCCUCUUCCUUACUUUUGCUUUGGGUUUUUUUUUUCUCUGAUUUGGGAUCCUCCUCUUUUUGAACUGUGAUCUGAUUAUGUCAUCAUGCAAUAUUGAGUCCUUCUGUGUAAAAGGUGUUUGUUUACAUGGUUUUGAUCCACGCAAAACGCUCGUCUCACAGGGACAUUCAGUCGCCGACGGGGUAGUUUCGGAUGAACGCACAUCAUUCAUUCACAGCUCUGAUUUUUUUGUGGAAUAGUGAAUGGGAAAGUGACAUCGGAUUCUCAUGUACGUGACCAGGGUGCUGCCAUAACACAGGGGUUGCUUUUGAGAGUGUGAACGUGUCUGCUGUUUGUUUGUGUGUGCGCCAGAAGCUCCAUUGCACUGACCCCUCCCCUUGUGAGCAGUCAUUGCCCAUCGAAACCCACCAGUUGAAAUCCAGCCUGACUCUGGCCUCUUGUGGACUGCCAAGCCCACGCAUUUCCUAUGCCAGCAGCUGAGAGCCGCACUGUGUCUCAGGACUUCCCCAUCACAUCACAGCCAAAAGACUGGAGCAAGAGAAAGCUGUCAUCGCAAUCAGUCACCGCUAAGUUUGCAGACCAAAAUCACACCCCCCUCGAAAGCGUACAUGUCAGGCUUGUGAUUUCGGAUUUGUGUGUAGAAAGUUGAAGGUAGAUUCAGACUUUUUGUUUACUUCCAAAGGUGUGAAAGUGGGCGUGCAUGUUGGACACAAGACGACGUAUUUUCAUUUCUGAUGCAGGGGUGUGGCGACAUUUCAGGGCACCCCCUGCUCACUCUGGGUUCCUCAUUUAUGUGUGUGCUAUUUUCAUCAUAUUGGAAUGUCUCAUCACCUUUUACCGCUCUCAUGGGAAAGGAAAUCAUUUGCAUUAAAGGGACCGUUUGCAACUCGCUCCAAAUGAUUUUAUGAAAUUAUUAUAUUAAAUAUUUUUUUAAAUCGAUAAAUAUAUACAGUUAGAACAACAUCGACCAACAUAUCGUCACCCAUUAAAAUAAUGGGCUAAGCCAUUUUUUGACAAAAAUGAAUUUUUGGCCUAAAUCAUCUCUUGAUGAUGCUGACCAUCUACGGCAGAAUCACCUAAAUCCUUAGUUGAAAGGAUCGUGCUCUUUAUCCCCGAUAGGACAAUGGCUUCUGUCAAGAGGGUGACCUUAGGCCAUUUUAUUUUUUGCCUAAAGGCCCUGUCACACCUUGAGAAUUUAGCCAGCGUACGCCAACGUAUGAAAAAUUUGGCCAAUACGCUGGCGUACGUCGAAUAAGUUAUGGGUAAGUUUUGUAUAAGUUAAGAGCACGCAGAAGCACGCCGGCAUACGUCGUAGUACGUCCAAGUUGUCCCAAAAUUUUUCGACGUAUGUCAACGAAUGAUUCAUACGUCCCGCAUACGCGGGCAAUAAGUUAUGCGAUCGUUGUAAGUUACGCACAAGUCGUCAUACGUCAACAUACCUUGAGACAAAACUGUGUCUUCUUGGCUGUCUUCUUGGCAAGAGUUGGCUGAGAGGAGAUGGAGGCUGUUGUGUUUGCAGAUACAGUACAUUAUGCUAUGCCUUGUACUUGUAGUAACUCCAUUUUUAUACUACUACAUGCUUGACCAGUAGAGGGCACUGUGGCACUGGGAAUGGAACCAACAGGAGGGGAAGAGAUGUUAGAACCUGCGUCAUCUCCAUCAGAGUGAGAGUGGGAGGGGGAGGCUGUGGGUGGUGAUGGAUCCCUCCGUCACUGCCCUGAUACUUCUUGGCAACGGUCUUCGAAAUUUUCUUCGGCAUGAUGGCAAUGUUGACACUGCGAUGUCUAGUGAGGUGAGUCAUCAAGUGGCAGCCUUUUUAUAGGCUACGACACGUGAUCGUCAGCCAUAUGCUGCCGCGCGGUUUGCGUCAGUUAGACUGGCGUUGGACAUAAGUUGUGAACGCCGGCAACACGCUACGCAUUCGUUGGUAUAAGUUGUCUAUAAGUUAUAGAAACGUUCUAUGUAAGUUACUAAUACGUCAUGUAUACGUCAAACUCAUUAUGAAUACGCAAUGUAUACGCCCAAAAUUGAAAAAAACGUCGGCAGUUCAACGUAUGCCAUCAAAAUGAUCACGUCGGGCAUGCGCUGGUGUGACAGGGCCUUUAGUCAACAUUUUUGAGUGAUUGAUCAAACAAGAUGAAAUCAUGAAACUCAAUGGAUCUUUCUCCUCAAAUAUCAGACCAGGCAAAAAAGCAGAAGACCCAACUGUACGUCAUUUGCCGGCUCUUCAAUUUAGCCCUUAGGGCAAGUCGGUGUUCCCAAAAACUUGAAAAGAUGACUUAGGCCAUUAUUUUAAUAGGGUGACGAUAGUGGCUUAAAACAACAGAACUGAACAAAAAAAACCCAAAUCUAUAUUUUUUACAAUUACAAAUUCAUUGCAGCAAGUCAGUGCCCGGUCGGCAGCUGCCGAACCAUUGCAAACAGUCCCUUUAGAGGAAAAGUGUACUUUUUUGGAAUUUUGCCCAUCAUCCACAAUCCCAUUGUGAGACAAAAACAAACGCAUUUCCCUUUUCCGUGUGUUCUAAAUAGCUGCCCCGUGUUGGCAGUAUUUUACGAGCCCUCUUAAAAAACAUAAAAAAAACUGCCAGCAAUGCUCCAUUUACAUGCCGUGACCUGUAUACUAACCAAGCUACAGCGACAUUGUUAACGUAGGAUGAACUCCAUUUCUGUCUUAGUGACAGCGCCUCGCGCCGACAUUUCGCCCUCUGUUCUUGCCUGCUCAGCUUCUAAAAUCUUCUAAAAAGCUCAUCAUCCAUAUAUUCAGGCUCAAAAAAAGAAGGUUCCGUAUCCUUAUUUGUCCCAAAGUAGUCAGCGACGGUGACUCUCACAAAGUCUGCCAUCAUUAGUGGUAGCAAACACAAAAGGCGCUGUCUAUGCUGUUGUUGUUGAUGGAAGUACCGUUAAUUGGUAUCCUCUCCGUGAAAUCAAUCCACCCAGGAAAUAAGUUCCAGUAAUGCUUAAAAUAACCAAAAUGCUGUAAGUGUUACAUCGUAUCAGGAAUGUGCCUGUUACUACAUGGUUGUAGCGUGUAUAUAAAAUGUUGUUGGAGGUUUUUGGAUGUUUUUUUUAGAGGGCUUUAAAGGCGAAAUAGGUGAAUCACCAUCGCAAUCACUUUGCACUUUGACUAUCGCGGUUUGGCUUGAUCACAGUUAUUUAAAUAUACAUUAAUAAGUCAUGCUGUUUUUGGUUGAAUACAGCCUAUUAUUAGUCAAACAAUAUGCAUAUUGAAGCAAAUUUGACAUAUUUUUAAGCAUUUUUAAGUAUAAAAAUAUGUAGUAUUCUACACUGGUCUCUAGGUGUCAUAUUUGGUGAGACACAUGAGCACCAGACUUGAUCGCAGAACCAACACACUUUUGUUGCAGAUUUGAAUUAUCUCACAACAAGCACAAGAACCCCUAUUAAAAAUCCCCCUCAAAAACACAGGCUACUGUUGUGGCCAUAACCCACGGCAAGCUAAAACUCAAUUCUGAACCCCUGACUUCACUUCCUGUCUGCCUGCUACUCGGCUUUCCCAGGGAACACAUUUACAGCAACACACACAAGCAUGAGCUCACGAUAAAUGUGGGAUUACUGUACCUACAGUACAUUGUUAGUGGAAAAACUGCAGCGAUCUAGAAUACAGAGCAAAAUAAAAGAUGUGUGUUCAUGUCUUACAGGGAUUGUGGAUGAUGGUCAAAAUGUAAAAAAAAAAAAGUGCAGUUUUCCUUUAAGAAAGGUCUGGCUUUAUUUUUAAUUUAGCUCAAGGCCAAACACUGAUGUAACACUAAUGAUUGCAUCCUUAGUAUGUAUUGCUAUACUUUUGUUGGUAAACUUAUGUUGCUUUGUCAUGUUGACUGAAUGCUCUGUAUGUCUCUUGCGUACCCCUUCCCCCUCAUCCCCACACCAUCAUGUCAGUCUUUACCCCCCGCCCCGGAGACCCUCAGAAGCAUUGAUGAAUCAAGGCCACAUAUUAGUGAACAGCAAACUAAUAGUCGAGAGAUCACGUCAAAAACCCGUGCAUUUCAGAUAUGUACAGUGCAUUGGCUCUAGACACCCCUCCAAAAAUAAUCUUCACUCUUAAGAGUUCGUUUUGAUAUUGUUUUCACACAGGAGAUGCAUGGAUCACAGAGAAAAACACGUUUUAAAAAGAGGAACCCCCCUUCAAUUCAGGGGAAUCAUAUUAGAAUUGUAUUUAAAAAGCAUUAUUUGGCUUCAUGGCUCCGAGGUCUGCCUAGUUUUGUCUUAUUAUCACUGUAAUCAAUCUGGGAACUGCAAUGUGGAAAUACUGCAAGUGAGGGUAGUGUGCUUCUAGAGCUAGUUGAAUUGUUAACACUCCCGCCCUCUUUCUCCUCACCCUGCGACCCCAGUCCCCCCAGUACCACCCUUGACGUACACACACACAGCAUACACAGCUAAGCACAUACACAUACAAAAACACACAUAAAGCCACACACAGCCCCAUCAUGUAUGUCAAGCAGUUUGGCUCUUUGAUUUCCCCACCCCCCAACCAAUUCCCUUUCUCUUCUUUCCUCCGUCCCUUCCAGUCCCUCCCCCUGCAUGUCCUAGUGGUACUGGUAGUUGGGUGCAUGGAAAAAGCAGUCAGCAAACUGUUUCUUUUCUUUCCACUUGGUGAAAAAAAUUAAAUGUGUAUUCAUUUUAACAUUCAGCAAUAAAUCCCCUUAUCUUCAUGUCCAUCGUUCUUGGAAUAUGCUAGAAGAUUUUUUGCAAGUUUGAUCAAAGAAAAAAAAAAAAAAAAAAGACAACAUACUACUUGUAAAAGACGAAAAGUCCAAAAUCACUCAGUUCAUAUGAAAAAUAAAACUUUAUUGCUACCAUUUUUGAGAAAACGCCUGUUAUAUUUAUGAAAAGUAAAGAUUGGUUGUUUUGGUCAUUGUCGUCCCCAUAAAAGUGAUGGGACAAAAUUGGAUCUGUUGUCAAUCCGCCACAUUCUGACUGAACUCCGGGCAGCAGCAUCACACAAUACAACACUUGCAUGGAAA